UAAUCCCCUUCUUACCCUUUCUCUCAGGGCGCAAAGCAGGUACUCCCUGCAGCACUAGGUAGGAGGGGACUCAAUCCCCUUCUUGCCUUUUCAGUUACAUCAGUUCCUACUAGGGAUUCCACACACACACAGUUCGCGUUUGUUGUGAUUUUAUGGUGAUGAUGAGAAAAGGGUUGGCUAAAAAACUGAGCAGCGGAAAAGAGGCAAACAUUCACUGUAGCUAUGUAUCCUGAUGGAAGUGGCCAGGCCCUGUGGGGGACAUUCAGUCUCCGUCAGAAGUAAUCCAGAACCAAGGAACCUGGUGAUGUUUGGUCACCCAUCAGGAGAAUAAUGAGGCUCAGGGGCCACAAGUGUGUGAGGAAAUGGCGCCAUGGAUGGGUUGGUGGAGGGUACACAGGUGAGUCUUUGUGGAAAGUCAUUUGCUGGCAGAUAACAGCAUCUUAGAUGGGCAUGCCAGGUGGCGAGGCAUUCCCUUCAGCAUGUCUUCACACAGCAAGUGUUAGAGGUAAUGUCAUUUCUAGUGGCAAAAGUGGGGAGCAGCUUGUAACUCUGCAUCAGUGGAGGAAUGGUCAGGCAAAUUAUGAGACGGCCAACAGUGGGAUAUCACACAGGCAGUGUAAAACAAGGUAGAUGAAGAUUGUCAGGUGGAAAGAAUGGACUUGAUGUGCUGUCAAAUGGAAAACUCAUGCCCUAUCCUGUGGAGAUGUGUUGGGAACAGCAGUUUGCCAAGAUGGCUGAAGCAAAGGACCAUAAAGGGGCUGGCUUAAACAACAGACAAUCAUUGUUCUGGAGGAUGGAAGUCUGAAAUCAAAGUGUUGGCCAGCUGUCUCCGCCCUACUCCAGACCGCCCCAAAGACUCUGUGGGAUGAACCUGAGUCAGCCAAAUCCCAGCCCCUUCCCUUGGACCUGCCGUGGCUCGGGACAUCAGUGACAGACGGAAGCAGCGGACCAUCAGGUAUAGGAGGCCCGCGGCGCUUGCGAAGAUGAAAUUUGGCUGCCUCUCUUUCCGGCAGCCUUAUGCUGGCCUUGUCUUAAAUGGAGUCAAGACUGUGGAGACGCGCUGGCGUCCCCUGCUGAGCAGCCAGCGGUACCGCACCAUCGCCGUCCACAUUGCUCACAGGGACUGGGAUGACGAUGCCUGGCAGGAGCUGCUGGUGGAAAGGCUGGGGAUGACUCCUGCUCAGAUUCAGGCUUUGCUCAGGAAAGGGGAAAAGUUUGGUCGAGGAGUGAUAGCGGGACUCAUUGGCAUUGGGGAACCUUUGCAAUGCCCCGAAGACUUAACUCCCGAUGAGGUUACGGAACUAGAGAAUCAAGCUGUACUGACCAACCUAAAGCAGAAGUACCUGACUGUGAUUUCAAACCCCAGGUGGUUACUGGAGCCCAUACCUAGGAAAGGAGGCAAAGAUGUAUUCCAGGUAGACAUCCCAGAGCACCUGAUCCCUUUGGGGCAUGAAGUGUGACAAGUGUGGGCUCCUAAGAGGAAUGUUCCAGAGAAACCAGCUAAAUCAUGACACCUUUAAUUCGCCAUCAUGACGCAGACCUAUAUACAUUAGGUUAAAUCUGAAUUUCCACUGCUUUGGAGAGUCCCACCCACUAAGCACUGUGCAUGUAAACAGGUUUCUUUAUUCAGAUGAAGGAAGUAGCGGGAGGGGCUUUCCUUGUGUGAUGCCUUUUUAGGCACACAGGCAAUGUCUCAAGUACUUUGAUCUUUGGGUAGAAGGAAAAGCUGCCAGUAAAUGUCUCAGUAUUGCUGCUAAUUUUGGUCCUGCUAGUUUCUGGAUUGUGUAAAUAAAUGUGUUGUAGAUGA